AUGCGAAAAUCUUGUUCUUUUGUAUGACACCUUUAAGCAUCACAAAAGCAGCUGGUAUCGUUACUGAGUCGAAAUUCACGGAUAAUUCGCUGCAAAUCUCUUCGUGAACACGGUGCUGGAAGUGCGUAGCUGAUAAAAUGUAAACAAAGUCGUUCGCGCCAUGUCACUGGGCUGUUUUUCUUUAAAGCUUUACAUCCAGUUGCAUGCUGGGACUCCGAGUUAGAAAAAUACCCCAAACAACGGUUGACGUCACGGGGUAUUCGCGCCCUCUUACUACACCUCCCAUCAUUCGCCGCUUGCGCCAAGAACGUGAGGGCGGCGUCGAUUGGCUGCCACUGAGUUCAAACUCAAAGACUGCACUCCUUAUAUGGUCCUUGAGUGUUCAGCCCUUUCAUUUCGGCUUUCUAUGUUAAUGGAAUUCUAAUUGCCAGCUGUAUGCAGCCGUAGUAAGAGCAUGCGCAGUGUAUCCCCAGCGUACGGCGAAGAUUCAAAGUUUUUGUUCAGUAUUUUUGUGUGCAUCAACAACACAGAUCGUCAGAUAGACUAUGUUUGGCUUUCACAAGUCUAAAAUCUACAGGAGUAACGACGGCUGUUGCAUCUGCAAGACCAAGUCCUCCAGCUCCCGCUUCACAGACAGCAGCAGAUAUGAAGAAACCUUCAGGCUCUGCUUCGGGUUGUCAGAAGACCGUGUCGGAGACAUCUGCAACGCCUGUGUGCUUCUGGUGAAGAGGUGGAAGAAGCUUCCACAUGGCUCAAAGAAGAACUGGAACCAUGUUGUGGAUGCGAGAGCAGGGCCAGGCUUCAAGAUGACAAAGCCUAAAAAGAUUAAGAACAGCGAUGGGAAGAGGAAAAGCAAACUAAAGAAGCUGCACAAGUUGAAGAGACAAAACUCUGAUGCCCAUAGCACGACCUCUAGUGUUUCUCCCGCACAGUCCCCAAGCUACAGCAACCAAUCGGAUGAUGGUUCUGAUAUUGAGUCCAAACAGAGACGUCCCACUCCCUCCAUCUUUUCCUUUUUGGACCGUUCCUACUGGAAAAGACAAAAGGUUUGCUGUGGGAUUGUCUACAAAGGGCGGUUUGGAGAGGUCAUUAUUGACCCACGGCUUUUCAAACCCUGCUGCAGUUCCAAAAAGCAGAAGACGCUGUCUUCCACACAGGUUCCUGAUGCUCUUCCUCCACAGCUGCCAGAAACUGUGAAAGAAGUGUGGUGAUUGUUGUAGUUACCCCGUCUUCCUCCAUAGCUAUCCAUGGCAUCUACCUGGAUUUGUCUCCAGUGGCAGACCUCCCAUUCCCUCACACCUAUUAGAUUGGUAUUGUUAGAUCAUUUUGAAUAUGUUUGUUGUUGUUUUUUCUUUCCAUGUGGGUAUUUUUUUAUUUUUUGUAAAUAGAUCAUUUUUUUUAUAAAAAAAAGGAAAAAAUAAAAAAAACCAUAGGCAUUAGUAUUUAUAGAAUGAUGUAACACGUUCUGUUGAUGCUCCAUUUCCAGCUAUGAAAUUUGGUUUGUUCUUUUUUGUUGUGAUUACAUUUUGUCACUUUUAUACAUAUCAAAACAGUUAAUUCUUUAAAACUAUCGUAAGUUUUCCAGUGAAAAAUGCCAGCUAUUUUUACACAAUCUUUUUCAUGUGUCAAGGAUUUUCUCCAAUGAAGUGCUGCAGUUUGUUUCUUGUGCGAAUGUUGGCGUGUAGGAUUGUCUUGUUCACAGAGGUCUGUUGGUGACAGCAGGGAUCAUUAGACCAACGGGCCUCUGAAUUUAGCUUUUUAUGUAUAUAUGUAUGGAUGAAGAGGGAUGAUAGACAUUUUCUUGGCCUGAACAUGCCAUAGCUUUUACUUUAAUAUGCAGUUUGCUCACAUUGACACAGGUAGACGUUAUAGACUAAGUAGUACAUUCUGCUGCCCUCCUGGAAUGACAGUGAUGUAUUUAUUUCUGUUGUACAGUUUAAAGUGAAACAAUGGAGUGUAAAACAUGUUUUUUCAAAAAGAAGAUGAUUUUGUAAAUACAGUGUAUUGGCUCUCAGUGCAUCUCUACCUUUUCAAA